AUGGACCCUCCUUUACCAUCAAAGAAGGAUCUAGAACGCCUUAUGGAUACUAAGGUUUGUCUGCAAAGUCUGCUGUGUUGGUACAUGAUGAAGCCACACGAGAUGGUUUCCAACAGGGAGCAUUUCUUGUCAGUAGCAGAAGACCCCAACCAAAUACUGCUCCAUACACAGUGACGUGUCUCAAGAGUGGAAAGUGUUCAUGCGAAUGUGUUUUUACAGCUGUAACAAUAUCUGCUGCCACACUGUAGCUGUAGCAUGGAAGACGGGUACUUAG